AUGGCAUCCGUCAAGUCCCUCGUCAUAGUCGUUGCGGCACUGGGAGCGGCCCUGCUUCCAGCAGUUGCGGCUCAAUGCGCCAACCUGACGCCCGUCUCACAGCCCCAACUCGCUCCGGGCUACUCGGCGAAACUCAUACUGAACCAGCUGAGCGACCCUCGCAGCCUUCAGUUUGACAGCCUCGGCAACCUCCUCAUCGUUGAACAAGGCGGCACUGGCGUUCGAUAUGUAAAGCUGACGGACAAAGGCGGAGUGAAUGUUUGCGUAUCUUCUCAGAAGCAGCUCAUUCCCAACGGAAACCUCACUCAUGGAAUUGCUCUCUCGGCCAAUGGAAAAACCCUCUACGCGUCGACGGCUACGGACGUGCUGGCCUAUCCCUAUAACGCCGCUGCUGGCUCCGUCGGACAGGCCCGGUCCAUCAUCAACGGCAUGGCGCAGAGCGGGUACCACCAGACCCGCACUCUGCUGAUUCCCAAAGAUAGGCCGAACGUGUUGCUCGUUUCGCGCGGCUCUGCCCCGAAUCUCGACCUUCCGACGGCUGAGGCUUCGUCUGGCCGUAGCCAAAUUCGUGCUUUCGACCUGAACAAGCUCGCACACGGCCCCGUGCCCUAUACCUCGGGUGAAGUCUUUGGGUGGGGACUGCGCAACAGUGUCGGCGUUGGAGAGAAUCCCAAGGACGGUGGCAUUUGGUCUGUGGAGAACUCACUAGACGACAUGGAGCGCAGCGGCGUGGAUGUCCAUAACGACAACCCCGGCGAGGAACUCAACUACCACGGCAGCUACAAGACAGCACGCAACCCUUUGAAGGGGGCCAAUUAUGGCUACCCCCACUGUUUUGCCGUCUGGGAGACCAGCACCAUUGCCGGCGUGCCUAACGUCCAGGUAGGAAGCCAAGUGAUACAGGGGAGCCCGUCAGGCAACGUCACGGACGAGUACUGCCAGACGGUGCCUGUGGCGCCGCGCCUCACCUUCACCGCCCACACGGCGCCUCUGGACAUCAAGUUCCACCCCAACGGAAGAUCUGCCUACAUUUCCUUCCACGGCAGCUGGAACCGACAGCCCCCUGAUGGCUAUCGCCUGAGCAAGGUCGAGUUUGGUGCCAACGGACAGCCGGUUGCAACUUCAACCAGCAAGUCUGCCGAAAUCAAGGUCGCCUGGAACAGCGAUAAUGCUGUCUGCCCUGGAAGCUGCUUCAGGCCCGUUGGGCUUGCCUGGGACAAGAAGGGCAGGUUGUUCAUGGUUAGCGACUCUACUGGCGAGCUCUUCGUUCUCACGGUGCCAACUUAG